AUGAUUGAGUCUAACAGCAUUGAAGAUCAGGUGGCUAGGAGUUCUACCUGCUGCCAUCUCAACUCAACUCCCUUCUACAACUGCUGCACAUUCAACAUCGUCAGCGGUCCUAAUCCCCAUUUCCAUGUGGUUCCAGUGCUACCUGUGGCCGACUCAGCAUCUGCCAGCCGCAGGGCCAGUGUGCCUGGGCCCAGUCCUUCAGUUGAGAUCACCUCGGAGACUUCACUGACCACAACCCCUGUGUCCUCCACACCUUCAUCAACAGAAACUUCUAAUAUAGAAUUCAAGAUAAAACUACCUUUUUCUGAGGGGAGGUUUAUAACAAAGAUUGGUCAUUUGAAACUGAAGGUGAUUAUGCUUGCUGUCCUGUCCAUAUGUGCAACACAAGUUUAUGUGAUAAACAGACUCACAUCCAAAAAGGAUGAGAGAAAUGUCUCUGCUAUCAGAGCCAGCCCCAGUACUUCUCUUUGUGCCUCCCCAGGAGCCUGGAUGGAGGUGAGGCUGCUGAAUGGCACAGGAAGGUGCUCAGGCCGCGUGGAGGUUCUUGUCCAGGGCACAUGGAGGACCGUGUGUGACGACCUCUGGGACCUGGCCGAGGCCACAGUUGUGUGCCGCCAGCUACAGUGUGGACAGGCUGUGGCAGCCCCGACAGGGUCUCACUUCGGGGCAGGCUCUGGGAAAAUCCUGCUGGAUGACAUGCAGUGUGUGGGCAGUGAGAGCCACCUGGGGCAGUGCGUGCAUGGGGGCCAGGCCGGGCACAACUGUGGGCACCUGGAGGAUGCCAGUGUCAUCUGUGCAGGUGCUGAUGGUUCUCCAGCCCCCACCCCCACCACAGGGGCUGAAGUGGCUUCUACAUCGGACAUGCUCCCAGGUGCUGGGUUAUCUGCAACCACAGCCAUAACAGAGCCUGCAGCCCUGCCAUCCACACCCAUGCCUCUGGCAGGCUCUGGGAAGAUCUUACUGGAUGACGUACAGUGUGUGGGCAGUGAGAGCCACCUGGGGCAGUGUAUGCAUGGGGACCAGGCCAGGCACAACUGUGGGCACCUGGAGGAUGCCGGUGUCAUCUGCACAGUCCAGUCAUCCACUGGCAGAGGGGCAGCUAUCACCCUCUGCCUGCUUUGUUCUCCCCCAGGAGGCUGGGCCCCUGUGCGCCUGGUGAGCAGCCAUGGAAGAUGUGCGGGUCGUGUGGAACUUUUCUACCAGGGAGUCUGGGGGACCGUUUGUGAUGACCUCUGGGACCUUCCAGAAGCAAACAUCGUCUGCAGGCAGCUGGAAUGUGGCUGGGCCAUUUCAGCCCCGGGUGAGGCCCACUUUGGGGAAGGUUCUGGGAGGAUUCUCCUUGACAACGUACACUGCAGAGGAGACGAGCAGCACCUUGAGGAAUGCUCCCAUGUCGGCUGGUUUUCCCACAACUGUGCUCACGGGGAAGAUGCCAGUGUGAUCUGCUCAGAUGCUGAAUAUUCAACUGUCACGCCACCAGGUCACCCAUUAGCUGCCCUGGCAAGGACAGUGGGCACAGAAAAAUCUCGGUGUGGUGGCAUUAUUACUAACUCAUCUGGAGCGAUUAGGAAUCCCCCACAGAAUGAAAUGCAUGACAAUAUCACUUGCGUGUGGGAAAUUAAGGCGAAUGCAUCUGAUCAUAUACUGCUGGCAUUUCCACAUCUUGAUCUCGACUGCACCAAUGAGUAUUUUGAAAUCCUGGAUGGUCCUCCAUCCUCAACAAAGUCAUUGGGAAAGACCUGCUCUGGCUUCCGCCCCACCUACGUCUCCUCCUCCAGCUCAAUGACCCUCGUGUAUUUCCGAAGCUUCAACAACCUAGGAAAAAACUUCAUUGCUUAUUAUUAUUCUGCAACCAAAGAGGCAAUGUCGCAGACCCCACAUCUAAUCACCACCCCAACAGCAACACCCAGGACAGUAAUAGCAAGAGCAGGGGAUUGGCCAGAGCUGCGGCUGGUGGGUGGCUCUGGCCGGUGCUCAGGACGCGUGGAGAUUCUCCACCAGGGCACCUGGGGCACUGUGUGUGACGACCUGUGGGACCUGAAUGAAGCUGAGGUUGUGUGCCAGCAGCUUGGGUGUGGUCGAGCCAUGUCUGCCCUUGGGAAGGCCCACUUUGGCCCCGGCUCAGGAGACAUCUUCCUGGACAACCUCCAGUGCGCUGGUAUGGAGCGCUACCUGGGCCAGUGCACCCACUCGGGCUGGUCAGAGCACAACUGUGGCCACCACGAGGAUGCCAGUGUCGUCUGCUCAGGUGCAGAAGACCUACCUCCAGCCACACCUCCAGGUUCUUCUGCAGCUUCUCAGGAUCACAUAAAAGGAGGAAGUAACUCUUGUGGAGGGGUCAUUUCUAGAUUCUCUGGCUCAUUUUCUAGUCCACAGUAUCCAGAAAACUACCCAACAGACAUCCAAUGUGUUUGGGAGAUCCACGUGGAUACAAAAUUUUGCAUAGAACUCGUAAUUCCAAGUUUGAAGCUGGAAGAUAUCCUUGGAUGUCCCUAUGACUCUGUUGAAAUCUUCGAUGGUCCCAGGAUUGCCUCACUCUCCAUGGGGAAGUUCUGUGCCCCUGCAACUGUGAUCUUCUUCUCCUCCUCACACAUCAUGACAGUGGUGUUCCAAAGUGAUACUAUAAUAACCAACACUGGCUUUUAUGCUCUUUAUAACGCCAUUCCUCAGGGUGAAAGGCAGUCAGAUGCUGGAGACUGGGCUCCAGUUGUGACUCCUGCACCCCCAGAUACCAUUCCUCCAGCCCCUAUACCACAAGGAGGAACUAACUCUUGUGGAGGAGUAAUCUCAAGUCUAUCAGGUUCCUUCUCCAGCCCUUGGUACCCUAUAAACUACCCCACCAAUGUGGAGUGUGUCUGGGUGAUACACGUGGCUGAGAAAUUCCACAUAGAACUGAUGAUCCCAAGCCUGAAAUUAGAGGACAUCUAUGGGUGUCCUUACGACUUUAUUGAACUGUUCGAUGGACCACAGGCUGCCUCACUGUCCAUGGGCCGGUUUUGUGCUGGGGCAGAGCUCUCGUUUCUCUCUUCUUCAAAUAUCAUGACUGCAGUGUUCAGAAGUGACCCCAUCAUCACCAACACAGGGUUUUAUGCUCUGUACAACACAGUUCAGCAAGAUGAAAGGGAGAGCGGUAUGUCCCUGCGAUUGGUGAAUGGCAGCCACAGGUGUGAGGGCCGGGUGGAGGUCUCCUACAAUGGCACCUGGGGCACGGUGUGCGAUGACAGCUGGGACCUGACGGACGCCAGGGUGGUGUGCCAGCAACUCGGCUGUGGUGAGGCCCUGUCAGCCCUGUCUCAGAGCUACUUUGAUGGUGGCACUGGCCACAUCAUUCUGGAUGACGUGCAGUGCACAGGAAGUGAAGCCAAGGUGUGGCAAUGCAUGCACAAAGGGUGGUUCUCCCAUAACUGCGGACACCACGAAGAUGCUAGCGUCAUCUGCUCAGGUGUUGAUGGCAAACCAAACGUAGAACGAACAGGUAUGGCUUUUCUAUACAGUUCUACCUGUUGCCAGGUCCCUCACGUGGUGAAUCCUGGUGACACUUACAUCCUGAGGUUGGGACCCCAUCCAGUUAAAUUCUCUGUUGCUAAAUAAAAAGAGCAAUGCAGCCCAGUAGAGUUGACAAAAUGGUGAGGCCAUGGGACAGUCGAGGACAACGGAAUGGUAGGAGGGAGGGAGAGUUCAGAUUCAACAGGAAUGCAAUCCCUGGUCAUUCAGUAUCUGCUGUGAGGAGAGGGGUAACUGCUUGUAGGGAUGUUUACACUGUAGGAUGCUGGAGGGAAAAAAAAGACAUCCCAGGUCAGCCCUCAACAAGUUUAUCUAAUGACACUCAUCCAUGCAUGGAGUGUGCAAGUGUCUGAACCCUGGAGGAGCCAGAGGCAUCUCUGUCCCUUGGGCCACAGAGAAAUCACAGCUUUAUAGUGUCAGUGUUUCUGAGUAUUUUCAAGGAACAUUCUGGA